AUGGACCCCGCAAACGAUCUUCCCAGCCUCUCUACGUGCACGACAUGUACCUUCAAGGAGGACUUUUCUAACUAUUGGACAGCCGUGCUGUAUUUCCAACAUCCUAACGGGACCUUCAAGAGGGUUCCUCAAAUGCCAGGACAAUACCUUGGAAAUGCAAAUGGUGGAAUGACAAUUUAUUACAUUCAAACGGGAAAGGUCAUCGCAUUUAAGAAGGGAUUCCGUAUGAUUGUCGGAAACCCUUUUUUGCGACAAUACGAUCCUAACUCUGCUGAGGCCAACUCGCUAAACUUUAGGUGCUUGACGGAAAAUUACGGGAAUGGGGGAGUUGUUGGCACACCAGGAAGCGAUUCGCAUACCCUUCCUAACCAGCCGUGCAGUGGAGGGAUCCGCUCUCAGAUUGUCUUCCCCACAUGUUGGGAUGGUAUUAACCUCGACACCCCUGACCAUAAGAGCCACACGAGCUACACCAUCAACGGUGCUUGUCCGUCCACCCAUCCUGUUGUUCUCCCCGAGCUCUUUAUCGAGACCAUAUGGGAUACAACCUCUUUCAACAGUAUGUGGCCAUCUAACGGAAAACAACCGUUUGUAUUCUCGAUGGGCGACCCAGUCGGAGUUGGCCAGCACGCCGACUACGUCUUUGGCUGGAAAGGUGACUCCCUUCAGAAAGCCAUGGACAGCUGCAAUGACGCGGGAGGAGGAAAUUGUAAUGUCCUCACCACCCAAUCCAUUAACGCCAUCAAUGCCUGUGUCCAGGCUCCCCGAGUCGCUGAGACCACUGAUGGGUGGCUUCCCAGCCUUCCUGGGUGUAACCCCAUCCAAGCAGGUCCAGGAACCGCCACACAGGCAAUUGGUUGUGGCGCAGUAACGACUGCUGCUCCUGGAUCUUAUCCCAGCGUGACGCCAACCCCACCAGCGACUACUCCGGCAGGGCCAAUCACCACUCAGGUUCCAGGAAACACCGCAGCACAUUGGGCGCAAUGCGGAGGACAAGGAUAUAGCGGACCAACUGUGUGUGCCGCUCCAUAUACAUGCCAGGCCCAGAACCCGUACUAUUCUCAAUGCCUGUAA